AUGUUUGAUUUCAAGUGGCUGGGAACUCUUCUCGCUGAGGCACUGCUGUUAUACUACGUGUCAUUCAUAAUUUGGAAUUGGAGAUUUGUUAAAUUUUCUUGGAAAAACAAUGCGUUUUUUCUGCCAUUUUUGCCUGGAAUUGGUAACAUCUAUAUAGCGAUUAUUGCUAGAUGUACAGACAAUGUUGUCGGCAUUUUAACAUUCAUUGACGAUGUGUUUGGGUUUCCUUUCAACUUGUGGCUAGGACAUAAUUAUCACUAUAUUACCAAAGACCCCCAGGAAGUGAAGACGAUUCUGCACAACAUCAGUGCUCAGAAUAAAGGAUUUACCUAUCAGGAUAUUUCUUAUGUGUUCCAGAACUCCCUGUUAACCAUACACUACAACAAAUGGCGACUUCGUAGAAAGGAAUAUGCGAAAAGCUUCAAACCAGCCAGCCUGAAGCCAUUUUCUUUAGACUAUUAUAAAGAUAGUUGCGAUUUUAUUAAAGAAGUAAAACGCCAGAAUGGAGAACUUGUGAUAGCAUACGACACCUUUACCAAAUAUGCCUUCAAUAGCUUUUUUUCAACUUCAAUAGCUCUGGACAAGAAGCCCACAAAUAUGCAUAGGUUUGGAGAAUGUUUAAUGGAAUUCCAAUCAGAUGUGGCUCGCAAACUGCUCAAUCCUUUAAUUCCUGCAUCUUUAUGGCUGCGCUUUCAAGCUGGAGGAAAAAUUGUUGCUAGAAAGGUUAAGGAACUCAGGUCAAUUAGUGAGGAGAUUCUUCGCGACAAAAACAACCAAAGGGAGGACUUCAAAAGUUUCGUUGCCAAUGAAGAAACGCCCGCUUUAUUGGAUUUGAUGAUGAGCUUAAAAGGUGGCAUACUGUCAGAUGAAGAUAUUUUUGACGAUCUAAUGUUCCUCUCGUCUGCUGCUACAGACACAUCAGGACAUUUACUCAUGUUUAUGUUCACUUUACUAGGAAUGUAUCCUGAAGUGCAACAAAAAAUAUACGACGAGGUGAUACAGCUUGUAGGAGAAAAUAACAUUUUGCCGGAUGAUGUCUCCAUGCUGAUUUACACGGAGGCAUUUAUUAGCGAAUCGCUGAGGCUGCUUCCAGUAGUUCCAGUAUUAAGCCGGUCAUUGGACAAAGAUAUUAACUUAGGGCACAAGAUAAUACCCAAAGGCGCCAACGUUGUCUUGUCCCUUUUCCACUUGCACAGAAGCGAAAAGUAUUGGGAAGACCCGCAGAAAUUCGACCCUGACCGCUUCUUGCCAGAAAAUAUCAGCAAGAUAACGCCAUAUUCUUACCUACCAUUUUCUUCCGGUCCCAGAGAUUGUUUGGGAAAAGCCCAAGCGAUGGUUAUGCUAAAAAUUUCAGUCGGGUCCAUUGUACGAAGCUUCCAAAUUUCAUCCAAGCACAAAUCCAUUGACGAAUUUGAGCUGAUGUCUUCGCUGUCUUUGAAAACUAAGCAUCCACUUGAUUGCCACUUUACACCAAGGGAUUAAAAAAGAGCUUCGGUUUGCAGUUAAAAGUCUUCUGAGCUUAAUCUUCAAAAUGUAUGUAAUU